AUGAAAGCCUUUAUUGAACGGAAAGACAGUUCCUCUGAUUUAUUGAGCAGAUACAAAGCGAGGAAAAUGCUAGGAGUUGGUGAAUCGUCUGGUAAUGUUGUAUCUUCAAAGGUAACACAAUUACUUGGUGAUUCUAAAGAAGAAAAGUUUGAUAUUCAAAAUAUUCCAUGUAUACAUUAUUGGAACUAUUUAAUGGCUUUUAUUAUAUUGACUUUUGGAUUGAUGCUGAUAGGAUUUCCAACACCUUAUGGUGAUUGGUUUCUUCGGAGAUUAUUUCCAAUCUUAGAUGACGAUGAUAAUUCAAUAUCAAAUGAAUCUUGUGGUAUACAAAGAGCAUUUAAUUCACAAUUCAUUUAUAAACAUUUUGGAUGCUUGCAUAUAAUUAUCGCUUCCGGCAUGUUUUAUUCCCUUUUGAUGGUCAAAAUAAACGGAAUUCAUGUAUCACAGUUAUUAUCUUCUGCUUAUUCAUUGACUUUUGUGGCAGCUCAUUUUUUAACAAACCAGUGGAACUGGGUAGUCUACAUUUACACCGCACUAACCAUAACUACUGUUAUAUUCCAUAUAAAACUUCUAAAAAUACGAGUCAAGGAAUGGAUAAUAACAUGUAAACAUUAUAUUCUUACAAAAUUAUCACCUCGAAAUACAUAUCAUUCAUCAAAUGAGAUAGCCAAAUAA